AUGCUUGCAGCACUCGGCCGAUUGGUAGGGGGCACUCAGACGCCGGAGACGCGGCGCGGGACGGGCCGCUGGCAAUCUACACCUGUCGUCGGUGCCUGGACGUGCCUCGACUGCGACAAACUAUUUCACGGCUCAAAGAUCGCAGCUCUUGUCGCGGGCGGCCGCGUCUGCCAUACUUGCAAAAGGAGACGAAACGAUGAUUUGCCGCCGUUGAACGAGCGCAAAACUGACCGGUGUUUAUGCUGCGCGUCGCCUACGGACGUUUUUUUCCUGGGUCCUGAUGGCAAAGAUACGGCGUGCCGGUCGUGCCACAACCGCUGGAAUGCAGGACUGGACCCCCUCGAUCCUCCGGACGCAACCUACUGCAUCAAAUGUGGAUGCGGGAUGGACGCGGACCCAGGGAUUAGGAUCAGCAAUUUUGAAUGGAAUGGUGAGAUGAUCAUCGGCUGCCAGUCCUGCCGCUCAGCUUUGGCUAGAUAUGGCGCCCCGUCCGCCGCGCGCGUUGAAAGAUUUGGCGGCCCGACGCCGGCGAAGAAAGCUGCUUUAGCGAAGGCCAUAGAGGCCCGGGCGCUCGAGGUGGAGAAGCUCCGCGCAGACUUCUUCCGCGCCACCGAAGCCGAGGCCGAAGCGGAGGAGGAGGCCCAGGCCGACGCGGCCGACGCGGAGGCCGCGUUCCGAGACGAAGUCCUCGACGACGACGAGUGCGCCGAGGCGUCGAAAUUAGCGAGCGGUCGGUCGGUCGCCGAGCGGAUAAUGGGCGUGGGUCGGCCUGAAGUCGUCGCCGUCGGCCAACGCAUCGAGCAGCGCCGCAACUAUAGGGGCGCGCUCGGUAGAAUUGAGUUCAAAGUUGGCCAUAUAGUGCAGGCGUUGACAAAGAAUGUCGAGGAGCAGUGCUUGGUGAGCGUGUCGUCGGUCAACGGCGACGAUGCCGCCCGGCACGACGCGUGGAGGUGUGUCAUCUGCGGCGACCCGGACCACAGCGCGUUGAAGGGCGAACGCUUCCUUGUCCCGGGUCUGCCUGACCUCGUCUGCAAGGGCUGUGCUUUGGACGCGCAGACUGCGGCGCCCGCGCCCCAGCGCCGGGUCGAUACGACUGGUGCGCUCCGGCUCCGUCCUUUAGAUGAUGACGCGGAUCUGAUCGAAGCCACGACGUCUGGCGGUGUGUUGUAUGAUGGCGCCCCGCCGUCGGGUGACUUAGCUUUAGAAGCUUCGAGGGUUCUUGCGGGCGCGGACCACGCCCGGAAGAUCAACAAACUACGCGCCGAUGUCGUGAAUGCAGUUGGACUCCCGAAGGCGAACCACGAGGCCACGACGCGGACGUUUGCUAUAGCUCGGCCCCUCGGCGCCGGCCUGACGGACCGCUCCGUCGUCGUGGCGUCCUCCAAAGACCGCGAGGCGGCCGACGCGGUCGGCUCGCAUAUCUUUUUGAGGUGCGUCGCGGCCGCUUGCAAGAGAGAGGCCUUCACGGCCGAAGCUGUCGCGCCUUUGAUGGACGCUAUCGAGGACGGCGUGCCCAUGAACGAGGAGGUGCGCGACUUCCUCGGCGAUAAUUGUAAAGAAGUCGCCGCGGCCUGGGCGCGCGUCGCGUGCUCGCGGCGGAACAGACGCGUCGCGCACCACGUGUUCUCCGAGGCUAGUUUGCGUGUUUGGUGGCACGCCGAGCAGAGAGCCGCCAUCACGGUCGCGUUGCGCGACGGCGCGACGGGCUUCGAGGCGGUCUCGCUCCACCAGGAGUGCUGUGGGUUCUGCGCGGCGUCCUUUUCGGCGCUCGGCGCCGUCACUAGCAAAGGCGCGAUCCCGGCUUGGGCGCUGCCUCCAAUGGUAGGGCCGCGUCACCGGCACAGCCUGAUCGCCGUGCAGUACAACGGCGUCCAGGAGGAGCGCUGCGUGGAGUGCGCCGCGUGGCGGGUGCUCCCGGCGGGCGUCUCUUUUGAGGAAGGGACGUUCGCGUGUCACAAGCUUCCGGGACUGACGUGCGCGGCGUUGGCCGACGAGUAUGAUGACGCGGGCGACGCGGACGACGCGGACGGACCCGCUUCGAAGCGGUCGCGCGCGGCGUAGAAAACAAGCUUCGCGGCACGCCAUCGACGCGAUGUACUGCGUCUGUUCGAUGGCUUAGAGGUCGACGAAGGUCUCCCGCAAUAGCUCUCUUCACACAGGCCGCGCAAGAGGGGCGGCGAGCUCAUGGCCCUCAUUCGCGCCCAGGCGUGGCGCGACGCGCUCGAGGGAAAGCUCUCGGAGGUGUACCGCGAUCGGCUCGGCGCCGCCGUACUUCGCGAGUACGAGGCCGGUCCCGACGCCGUGUGCCCGCAGAAGAAGGAGGAUGUGUUCGCCUGUCUGAAUAAGACGGCUCUCGAGGACGUGAAAAUUGUCAUCGUGGGCCAGGACCCGUACCACGGCCCCGGGCAAGCGGACGGCCUCGCGUUCUCCUACGCGGCCGACGCGGAUGGUCGACUUCCUCCGACCUCGCGGAACAUCAUGAGCGAGCUCGAGCGCAACUACCCGGGCGCGGCGCCGUCGGAGAAGGACGAUGGAGACCUCUCUUCGUGGGCGCAGCAGGGCGUGCUGCUCCUGAACGUGUCGUUGACGGUGCGCGCCGGCAAGGCGGGGUCGCACCUGCAGCUCGGCUGGGGCCGGCUCACGGAGGCCAUCAUUAAACUCGUCGACGCGGGCGACAAGGGCGUCGUCUUCCUGCUGUGGGGGGACAAAGCGCACAAGCUCGCCGGCCUGAUCAACGAGGCCAAGCACAAGGUCAUCAAGACCUCGCACCCCUCGCCGCUCGGUUAUACCAAAACCGCGGCGCCGUUCGCGCGGUCCGGGUGCUUCAAGGCCGCCAACGAUUUCCUGGAGGAGAUCAGCCGCGGGCCCGUCGACUGGGACCUCUAG